UUUAUCUGUAACGACUUAACUCUCUGUCUUGUCUCCUAGGUUUUCUCUUGGCAACCACACACGCCUCAGUGAAAUAAUGCAAGGUGAAUGGCCCUGAGGGAACCCGUCACAAACUUCACUUCAGCAAUCGGAGCUCAGCUGUGUGAAAAAGCAGAACUAUGCAGUGGAGACGGCGCCACUGCUGCACGCACACAGCCAAACUUCUGUAUCUCCUCUCACUGCUGGGCUUCCUCGUGUUCCUGGUCCACCGAUCCGGCAUCCCGUGGUGGAGAGGCUACCCUGUGGUGUACGGCGGUACUGUGCCUCACCUCGCCAGCAACAAAUGGAACGCCAGCGCCGCUCAUAGAGCCUGGAGGUUUGUGAUUGUCCCUCAGACUACUUUUAAGGCAGACGGCAACAUCAGCUCAUCGGAGAGGAAUGGCGUUUCUUUUCAUCGAGGCAACAUAAGCAUCGAGGGGAAGCUGACCGCCGACACCAGCCAGAGCCAUGGGGGAGUUCUCAAUGUUUCCCUGAGCCACGGACCUUUCCCUUACAUCAUCAACGAGCCGCAGAAAUGCACAGAGAACCGACUACCCCCUUUUCUAGUGCUGUUGAUCUCCACCGAAGCUCGUCAGGUGGAAGCAAGGAACGCAAUCCGGCAAACUUGGGGGAACGAGAGCGUUUUCCCCUCUGUGGGGUUCAUCAGACUGUUUCUGCUGGGGAAAAAAGAGGGAGAGCUUGGACUCCUACAGCAGAGGAUGGUGGAGGCAGAGAGCCGGAGGCAUCAUGACAUCAUCCAGCAAGACUUCCUGGAUUCUUAUCAGAACCUGACCAUAAAGACCCUGAUGGGAAUGAACUGGGUGGCGAUGCACUGCCCAGAGGCGAGCUACGUCAUGAAAACCGACAGCGACAUGUUUGUCAACACAGAGUACCUCAUUUACAAGCUGCUCAGGCCAGACCAGAAGCCCAGGAAGAACUACUUCACAGGUAACAACAUGAGAGGCUUUGCCCCCAACCGGAAUGAAAACAGCAAGUGGUACAUGCCCCCCGAACUCUACCCAGGGGACAAGUAUCCCACCUUCUGCUCCGGGACCGGGUACGUCUUUUCCGGAGACCUGGCCGGGAAGAUCUACCGCACCUCCCUGAGGAUUCGCCGCCUGCACCUGGAGGACGUGUACGUGGGAAUCUGCCUGGCCGAGCUCCAAAUCGAGCCCACGCCCCCUCCCAACGGCUUCCUGUUCAACCACUGGCGGGUGUCGUACUCCAGCUGCAAGUACAGCCACCUGAUAACGUCGCACGGAUUCCAUCCGAACGAAUUGCUCAAGUACUGGCAUCACCUCCAGAGCAACAAACACAACGCCUGCAUCAACACGUUCAAAGACAGAGCGGGCAGAGCGCACUCCAGACUCCGAGACAAGCAGUUACUGAAACACUGACAAAACCAGCGGACUUCAGUAAAAAUACCACAUAUCUUUGGACAAUCCAGUUAAUCAUGAGAUACGAUGCUGCUAAAUUGUCAAUUUUCAACUAAUGUUAAACUAUUUCUACAGGACUGAGGCAACGCAGAACCGGUGAAAUUAGUUCUGUGUUGUUGAAUUGGACCGAGGAUAAAUGUGUCUGUAAAAUAUAAAUGUCUUUGUUGUACAGUGUGAAACGAACAUUUCCAACAGAGCAGCCUUGGAUUAACUGGUUAGCAGGCAGCUACUUUAUGAGACUGGAACUAAUCCAGAACCAGCAGUUUCUGCUCCAGCUCUAGCACUCAUCAACUCCUCUAUAAUUUGGGCCAACUUUACGAAAGUAAAAGAUGACGAAAAAUAUAAAAUGACAAAACCAGCAGAAAUCUAUCUCAGUUUUAUAAAAGGAGAACUUCUCAGCAAACUUAUAAAGCCCCUUUAACACUUACCCAGUAAGCCCACUCAUCUACUGGGACCGCUCUAGUGUGAAUAAAGCGGUUACAUUACCAG